AUGGCCGAGUACGACUACGAAGACCUCGGGUUCUUCAACGCUUCCAAUGACAGCAGCCAGGGGCACGAACACUUCCUGCAGUUCAGCAAGUUGUUCCUGCCCUGCGUGUAUGUGGUGGUGUUCAUCUGUGGCCUGGUGGGGAACUCCCUGGUGCUGGUCAUACACAUCUUCUACCAGAAGCUGAAGAGCCUGACGGACGUGUUCCUAAUGAACCUGCCCUUGGCCGACCUGGUGUUCGUCUGUACUCUGCCCUUCUGGGCCUAUGCAGGCUUCCACGAGUGGGUCUUUGGCAAAGUCAUGUGCAAAACCCUGCUGGGCAUCUACACUUUGAACUUCUACACGUCCAUGCUCAUCCUCACCUGCAUCACCAUGGACCGCUUCAUUGCAGUGGUUCAGGCCACCAAGGCCUAUAACCAGCAGGCCAAGCGGAUGGCCUGGGGUAAGGCCGUCUGCUUGUCCAUCUGGGUAGUUUCCCUGCUGGUUUCCUUGCCGCAGAUCAUCUAUGGCAACGUCCUUUACCUUGACAAGCCUGUCUGCGGCUAUCACAACGAGGAGAUUUCCACCAUGGUUCUGGCCACCCAGAUGACACUGGGGUUCUUCCUGCCAUUGCUUGCCAUGAUUGUCUGCUACUCAGUCAUAAUCAAGACACUGCUUCAGGCCCGAGGCUUCCAGAAGCACAAGUCUCUGAAGAUCAUCUUCCUGGUGGUGGCGGUGUUCCUGCUGACCCAGACGCCCUUCAACCUCGUGAAGCUCAUCCGCAGCGUGAGCUGGGAGUACCACGCGAUGACUAGCUUUCACUAUGCCAUCACAGUGACAGAGGCCAUCGCCUACCUGCGUGCCUGCCUUAAUCCUGUGCUCUAUGCCUUUGUUGGCCUGAAGUUUCGGAAGAACUUCUGGAAACUUGUGAAAGACGCUGGCUGCCUCCCUUACCCGGAUGUCUCAAGCCAACGGAAGUGUUCAGAGGACACUUCCAGGACUGCUUCAGCCUCUCGCAACAUGGAGGCGACCAGCAUGUUCCAGCUGUAG